AUGACACCACCGCCGCCACUCUUCCACUCCUUCCUGCGCCCAGCCGUUCUUCAGAUCCUCCGCGCAACCGGCUACCACGGCGCCAAGAUCUCCGUCAUCGACUCCGUCACAGACCUCGCCGCGCGCUACCUCCUCCACCUGUGCCAGCUCACCGCUCUCUUCGCAGCGCACAACAACGACGAGCCACCUCCGCUGCUCUAUCCCGACGGCAGCAGCGCCGCAUCCGUGAAUCCAGUCGUACCCGCGCCCACCAUCGUCGACGUGCGGAUGGCGCUGCAGCGGGCGGGCGCGCUCCUGCCCGAGCGCUGCGUGCAGGAGCAGGAGUAUCUCGGCGGCGAGGAGGACAUGCGGGGCGUGGAGGCGUUCAUCGCCUGGGCGACGGGUCCUCUGAACCGGGAGAUUGCGCGCAUCGCGCUGGACGGGAACGACGAGGCCCGGGAUUACCUCGACGCUCUCAAGAAGAAACACAGCAAGAACGACGACGACUCCAAGUUCCUCGGCACGCUGCUCGGCCGGAGCAUCGAGCACGGCGACGUGCUGGUCGAGGGGGGCGAGUGCCCGAGCAUCUCCAUGUGGGAGGAGCGGAGGCGGCUCGCGAGCCAGAAGCCGCCCGAGGCGCAGGGGCAGACGAAGGCCAGCGGCGCCCACGGCGUCGGCGACGGCGAUGGCGAGGAGGAUUCGCGGCCGCCCAGCUCCGGGCUUAGUUCGCUCGGGGAUCGCAGCGUUGCGGAUGAGAUGGAUCUGUCAUAG